UUAGCUAUAAAUACGAAUGCGAUAUUGACGUGGUUAGAUUUCUUUUGAACUACCGAUCAACAUGAACUGCCUGCUUCUAGCUGCUACCUUGUGUCUGUUUGUUGUUUUUGCAACCGCACUAACUGGAUGCAAUAAUGAUGGCUGUACGACGCAACUACAGGCGUACAUUGAUGUGGCUGCGAGUGGAGAAAUGGACAGGAUUUGCAGUGCCGCUCGCACCGUCAUUGACUGUUUGGGCAGCAGCUGUCGACUAGCUGACACCUUUAUAACUCUAUUGAAACAUCCAGUCUGCGGUCCAUUUUUACAGACGGGUCCUAGGAUGGUUGCAAGUGCCACCGUCAUUGGAUCCAGAACUGUCUCCUCAAGAAUACCAGGUUCAGGUUCAGGAAGAGUGGUGAUUUCAGUUUCAUCCCUGCUCAUGACGCUUGUUUUCACCAAAAUAUUCGUGUGAAACAUGGUCACACUGUCUCAAGGACCAUUAAAGACCACAUCAGAAAAUCGGUCUAAAUUCCUUAAUUGCACUUAUCUGGGUUACACAAAGUAGAAUAUAGUACGUCGCAAAGAUGCACUCUUCACAUUUUAUGGAUGCUGUCGGCAGCCUUAUCCGACUUGGUCUUGGUGAACUACAGUAAACUACGGUUAUAACGAACUUAAAGGGACUGCUAAUUUUAGUUCGUUAUAAGCAUAUAUAUAUAUAUAUAUACAGCAUAACUACAGCCAAUAGUCGGGACCAAAGAAGUAACUUCGUUAUAUCCGUCAGUUCGUUAUAAGCGUGUUCGUUAUAGCCGAAAUUUUUACUGUAUUAGUGAACAAGAAGUGAGAUGUGAUGCUAAUCGAAUACUGUUAUUUAACCUAAAUGGUUCUAUUCAUUAUCAAAGUAUAGAAUGAGAUCACAAUAAAUAGUAUACGGACU